AUGAUUUUCGUUCCUUCACAGUUGGCAUCCAAUUCAGCCAUUCAAUGGUCGAGAGGACAGCGUCCAGGCGGCCCAGUCCUGCUUGAUUUUUCUUUAGGAUGGGGAAAAGGGCUUGUUUUUGAUUGGUACAAGAGCAUAGGGUUUACUUCUGUCACCAAGAUUCAACUUCGCAAAGAGUUUGAAGAGCCCUUUCGUCACGAAUUUAUUCUCAUACACCUUCAGAGGGGAGGACUUUGUCGGCUAGACCGGAGAGGUGACCCCAAUGUUCCCACUAAUACCCUUCGCUCAGAGGGGUCCGAAGCUUACGACACCAUUCACGAAGUAGCUGGGAUAGACGAGAUCAACUCUACUUCAGAGUGCUUGAUGGAGCUCUGCCCAAACGGAAAAAUCGACCUAUCUUUCAUCCUCUCCAUAUGCUGUAGCAUACGCAGUGACCCCAAAACUCAACGAUAUACUCUCCAACGAUUCAAUUGCUAUUUCUUCUCGUGGACAAUUACCUCCAUUGUCGCUCGUCAUUCUGUCUCUUGGGAUACACCGGCGCAACUUGUGGAAUCGGACCUUCUCAACUCCGCGCUGAAACAGAAAGCUAUAGAACCGAUUGCCAAGAAGAUUACUAAAAUGGCAAUGAAAAGUGUCUCGGAAGUCUUUAUGUGCUCUCUUCAACCGCGAGUACGCCAGGUCCUUCGCAAGCACCACAGUCCUACCGGGUUCAUUCCUAUCAGAGUUCUGAAUAUAAUUUUGUCAGCCUGGAUGAAAAGAUACAUGCGCCCAAGGAUGGAGCCUGUGAUGCGAAAUGUGAUCGAAUCUGCAAUGAUGUCCACUAUGGAAUCGACUGUUGAAUCGCUGCUCGAUUCACGAUCCUCUGUCAUGCGCACAGCGCUUUCACAUACAUUUUGGUUUGAUUCAGUCCGCGACAACCUGCGGCAUACCGCACGUGUAGCUUUGAGAGAUGCUAUAUGGGUCCUCAUGAUGAAAACACUCAAGUCUACAAACGAGGUCGAUGUUCCUGUUCAGCAACAUUACGAAUUUGAACCAACCAAAGCGCCAGAUGUCUCUGUUAUGGAAAACAAGACUAACGCCCUGCCAGAAAUACCCACCAAAAGCACCACAAGGAAAUGGAAGGUCGGAGGCAUCCUAGACAAAAUUCUCGUCACAGGGGCAACCGCCAUCACCGAUAAUUCGUACGACACCGCGAUCUGCUCCGCAUGGGGUAUGUCCGAUGAACUUGUUGGCGACGCUCAAACUCACGAAGAGUGGAUGAGUGGGUGGAACAAGCUCUGGGGCUCAGUUCUUCAGCAUGCCCGGAGCGAAGGACAGGCGGUUAUCCAUGAUGUUGUUCGCACUGAGUCUCCUGAUGCUGGACGGGAUGAGAUUUGGAAGAUCAUUUGGGAAGAACUCGAAACUGGGUUCGAACUCUCUGGUCCAACGGUACGCGACUGUAUGUGGGACUCGUUCGAGUAUACAACAAGGACAAUCGUGGACACUAUAUCCGACGCUGUAUUUUCUGUGUUGCAAGAGAAUCCUCAAUACUCGUUUCAAGCAGCAUUGAACCUCUCGGGAGUUAAAAAGGCCAAAGUGACACCCCGUUGGGGAGAAAUUAGCCACACCGAGAUGCAGGGCUGGGUCAAGAAGCGGAUCCAGAAACAUGGCGAUAAGAUUAGUCGGCUAGGUCUGGGCUCUGCCACCACCGUACAAACUGAUAUUUGCGAAGCUAUGGGGCGAGUGUGGGAACAUCUUUUAAAGCAUGGGAUGGACGUGGAUGCAGCAACAACUCAUUAA